CUUACAUUGCUAAGAGCUUUAGAUUUCUAGUUCUGCACUCUAGUAGUUAUCCUAUCAAUUAAAUGUUGACACACCUAAAUUCUAGAACCCCCUAAUUAUUUCCACUCGAUUGAGCGAGAGUUUUGGAUAGAAGAGUGGAUACACUCCGAGAAGACUGCCUACGCAUUCGCAUAGGAAAGGAUAUUAAUACACCACUACGUCAAGAACUAAAUUUGAAACUACAACGAGAGAUAAUAAAAUUUCCAGUGAAACACGAGAAAUUACCCAUGUUUUGUUUCUCUUGUGGUAUAGUGGGACAUCCAAAAGCAUAUUGUCCAUGGAAAGCUGCCGAGGUUGCAGACAAAUAUGGGCUAGAGCUGCGAUUGGGAAUACCUCAAGGAAGAACCUGGCAAUCCAGAUAAGAAAAGGAGGAAACGGAUGAGCUUUGGAUGGUGCUAAGAGCCAAGUUCGAUAGGGAAACAAUCACAGAAAAGAUGAGAUUGGAAGCAUUGAGGCAACCUGAGAUAAGUUUGAAUGAGGAAACCAGUCUUGAGAUGGAAAAGAAGAGGAAAGAUGCGAAACAUAUCUAUGAGAAGCAGAAACAGAUAUAUAGUGUUGCAGAACAUGAGAAACACCCACCCGAGACAUACCAUGGGUCAGCAGAAGAAGCAUGGAACCAAAGGGAAACCACAGCAAGCAGAAAGCUACUUUGGGAGCAAAUGAGGGCCAAUGAGCAACAAGAACAAACGCCUGCAGAUGAAUCGAAUCAAGUAUUAACUGGAAGCAAUAAGGUGGAGAAUGGUAACAUGGUGAAGGAGGGAGAGCAGCAAGUUUAAAACAAAACAAAUGACAAAAUGCAAUUCAGGAUGGGCAGUGGAGAUAACAUAGGAAGUCAGAGGAAGCCAAAACGCUGGCAUAGACAACCAUCACUGCCAAGAAUGCAAAGCAAUGCUACGUUACUUCAACUAACACCCCAAAAGAUGAGUUUGAUUGAUAGUAUAGGAGAAGGAGAACAGACGGAAAUGGUAGCACCAAAAAAGACGGAUGAGGAAGGUAACAAACGAGUAAAGCUUCAAAACAAAACUCAGAUGCAUGAACCAGAAAAGGGGUACACCACAACCCUAUUAAAGACACCAAACAAUGCAGGACAUGAACAUGGAUGGAGGAAAGGCAGACCUUGUGCAGACACAAGGCCGCUAAGCCCAAUGAGUCUUAUAAGCUACAACUGUCGUGGUUUGGGGAACACCACGACAAUGAAGAGGGUAGCAACACUACUUAAAGAAACAAGAAGGUGAAUGGGAAGCAGUAAUGGAGGAAAUGGGAUGGGAGCAUGGCAGAGGAGUGGGAUCGAGAAAGAGAGUGGGUGGUUUACUUUUGAUGUGGAAAGAGCAUGUUCAGGUAACUGUUAAAGACUGUGAUGAUCACUAUAUCGAUGUAGCUGUAGAUGAGCAUGACCCAUUAAAUGCUUGGAGGCUAACUAGACUGUAUGGAUGGCCAGAGCAAGGAAAUAAAAAAAAGACUUUUGACUUAAUAAGAAGGCUGAAAAGAAAUAGUGAUCUGCCUUGGCUAAUGGUGGGUGACUUUAAUCAAGUUCUGAGGUACAAAGAGAAAAAUGGAACAACGUUGCCAGAUGAACAUAAUAUCGAGGAAUUUCGGGAAGCACUAAAUGAGUGUGGGCUUGAGGAUUUGGGAUAUAAUGGAAACAUAUUCACCUUAGACAAUGGGCGUGAAGAUGAAGAUUUUCUGGAAGAGCGGUAGGAUAGAAUGGUGGCCAAUUCUGAGUGGAGGGAGAUGUUUAAAGAGGCUCAAGUUUACCAUCUAAACAUAUGGGUAGGGGUGUUCAAACGGAUUGGUUACCGUGGUAACCAUAUUAACCGAUAGUAUUCGGUUAAUUUAGUUUGGUUAAUUUGGAUAAUUGGUUUGGUUUGGUUAAAUAAUUUAGCUUGUUUGGUUUAGGUUAUUUGGUUUGGUUUCAACUUUGCUAACCAAUGAAACCAAUUAACCAAAUAAAUAAUUAAUGAUAAUCUGAUAAUCUCCACUUUCCAGUUUCCACUGCCAUCAAGUGGGCCUCUCUCAACACCAAACAAAACCAAACGUUUGGUUUCCCUCUGUCAUCAAUCCCCAUUUCCAAUUCCCACUCCCCAGAACAUUGAACCCUAGAUUGAGAGGGAGAGAGAGACAAUCGAAUACAAAUAUUUCCAUUCAUAACUGUUCGAGAAUGGUAUCUGAAUCAAAAUCCACAUGAAUACAUGAUGCCUUCUUGAUUUUAUUUGAGUGGUAUUUGUUAAUCUUAUUCUUGUUUCUGUCAAGUGCUAUAUGUAAUAAUAACUAAUUAUGUUUAUUUUGUUAAUUUUUCAAGCAGGUGGGAACUAACUAACGUAGGCAUGGCAUUGCAUAUUGGCAGUAGCUCUUUUUGUACAUGUUUUUUAACAGCUACUAGACUUUCUUUUGGAUCACGUAUAAUACCAUGACAGCCAGCUCAUCUCAAACUAUGUAUAGUGUAAGUGUUUUGUAGGAAGAGAUUUUAACUUCCUGAUGAGGGGUAUAUGUAUGAAUUUAUGUUAAGGGUUUGUUGUAAGUUAACUAUAUUAGGUGCAUAUAUGAUGAAUGAUAUAUUAACUCGAACGAUGAUGAUAUGUUUUCAUGUAAUGUUAUGUUAUUUGGUUAAUCCGAUUAUCCGAUUAACCAAAACAAUUAAACUUUGGUUUGGUUAAUUUGGUUUUCGUGUUAAUUUGGACGGUUUGGUUAAGACAUUUAAUUCCAUGGUUAAUGAAGUUUAAGCUUAAUU